UACAUCAAAAUCAGACAUGGCUCGCGUUAACAAGUCACCGCAGGUGUUAAAUUUUUUCCUUUAUUUCUGUUUAACAAUAUGCUGUUUUUCAAGUUAUGUAAGUGCAACUCGUGAAUUAGAUGAAGAUAACUGGAGGGAAAUACUUCAAGGAGAAUGGAUGGUGGAAUUCUACGCCCCCUGGUGCCCGGCGUGCAAUGCGCUAGGGCCAGCAUGGACAGAGCUAACCAACCGCGCGGCUCGCAAGAACCUCGCCAUGAAGACAGCUGCCGUCGAUGUCACCAAGUCGCCAGGACUUAGCGGACGAUUCGUUGUUACUGCCCUGCCUACUAUAUUUCAUGUAAAAGAUGGUGAGUUUCGUCAAUACAAAGGUCCUCGUGAUGCGGAGGCAAUGUUGUCUUACGUAGAGCGCGCUCACUGGCGCUCAGCUGAGCCACUGUCCGCUUGGAAGUCACCGGAUUCUCUGCAGAUGAGUCUCGUUGCUCACUUCUUUAAGCUCAGCCAAGCGCUCAGGAGUGUUCACACAAUGUUAAUGGAAACAUAUGGUCUGCCUACGUGGGGUUCAUAUCUCAUCUUUGCUGUGGGUACAAUAUUCAUAGGAGCAUUACUUGGACUGAUGUUAGUCUGUGUGAUAGACCUGCUGUAUCCUCCGCGACGUCCUGACAAGGUGACAGUAUCCCUGGCGGAGGCUGACCAGCGCAAGAAGGACACCAACAAGUCUGAUGAUGAACAGGAAUUGCUAAACGAUGACAUUGUGGAUGAAGCCGAGCACUCUCAGAGUGACGGUGAGAAGAAUUCACCAAGUGAUACAGAGGAAGAGCCAGCGACAAAGGCUGAAGGUGCCGGCGAUGAUAAGCCCAAUGAAGUGCGCAAACGACGCUCGCGCAAAGCUGACUAGGAACCCCCCAAACAACCUCACAAACACCCCCCACACUAUACUAAUCCAUAACACCCUCAAUAUAUAUAAUUAAGUCA